GACGAAGUAAAUUUUCUUCUCUUAUCAAAAUGAAGCAGGCACGGGGUUGUCUUCGGUAUAUGCAAUUUAAAUGUUAUUCUGUGAUAACAUUUGUAGUUUGGAUAACUUACAUUUCCAGCAAAGCUAUGCUCGCCAAUACAGCCCAUCAGGCCAACAGCGAGAUUUCAAUAAAAAAUUGUAUACCAAAUAUAUUUUUGGUGUACGGGAGCCAUAAUAUUGUUAAGGGUAAGAUUCAGAGUAGAGACUGCGGUGAGUUGUAGCUGAAUCUGAGGGUUAGACGCUUCAUUCUCCAAGUAGGUACUAGUAUAAUAUAGGAUCUUGGAAUAUUACUUUUAAAGAUAUUCUUUCUUAAUAAAACCUUCUAGCCGAACAUGACAUGAUGUGUACUACGAAGUACCUAAACUUUAUUUGACUGUCAUCUCAAAUAUUUGAAAAUUAAAUUGAAAUAACUCCUUUAUCCGGAAUCAAAAAAAAUUGUUUCCAGUGUUGUCCAAAUUAAAAAUAUUGUAAAAUGGUAGUUAAACCAAUACAAAUUAAGAAAUCUCGUGAACAGCGGGCGGGAUCCGCAAGUGCCUGCAAAGAAGUGAUCAUUGUGCCUUCCGCCCUUGGCGAUGCGCAGCUUACUCCAGAUCAAUCUGCAACUGAUGCUGCAGCCGUAGAUGUGAUUGACUUGGGCGCUCCGCGGCGUCGGCGCACUAUCGCGAGUCGAUCACCGCGUUCUCCUACCACUGUACCCUAUACUCCCAACCCAAGGCUAUACCCAGGUCCACGCAAAAAUUCAGAACGCCAGGCGAGACGAGCGAGGCGUAAGCGGGUAUUCCGGCGGCCAGUGCCGAAUUCACGCCUGUACCGGCCGGGUCCGCCCCGCCCUGUGCCACCUCCGGCUAAUCCCCGCACCGCUUGGCCACGACCGGCCUCACCGCCGCGUCCCCCUCACGCGCUCGACACGGCGUCACGGGCCGCGUUGCGCGUGCUUAGCGCGCGCCUCGCGUCGCCCGACCGCCCCAAUAGUCGUCUAGUGGUAACGCUGCCCGCUCGCGGUAUGGACGCAGUAACGCGUCAUUCGGCUAGCCCCGAGUGCUCGGAGGGAAGCACAGCACCGAGCGAGUUUUUAGCGGAGUUCCUGUCGGCGAUAAUGCGAAGGCAAUACGCUGAAGCGCUCAAAUAUUGCCGUCUUAUACUGCAGUAUGAGCCUCAUAACGCGACCGCCCGUGGUUUCUUUCCGCUGCUACAACAUAAGGUGGAUGCACACCGAGGAGAUACGAGUUCAAGCGAAGAAGCCAUCUCUCCACAGCAUUUCAAAAAUGCUGGGGACUCGGGGGGUAGCGGACAGGGCGGGGAGAGUGGGGAAAGUGGACCAGCCGGAGAAAGUGCAGAAAGCGAGGAAGGAGAAGAGUGGGAGAGAUCUGGCGCAUCGUGGUCAUCUCUGGAACUGGACUCGUCACGACGCACUGAUCGCUCCAGUGAAAGUGCACCCAACCUCACAGAAAGCAGCUCUGCUUCACGUGACGAUAACGGCAAUGACUACACCUCUACGCCCGUGCUAGAUAAUGCGCGCGCGCACUCACCACCGACGCCGCCCCCACCUCUAUAUGGCCAAGGUGACAUUGAAAACGAAAACGCAAUCGGCGAGCCUGAGGGGGCGGCGUGCACGCUUAAGGCUGCUUCAAGCGGUGCCAGCUCUCUCAGGCGGCUGCGCGCACACUUCACCUGCUCCAUCAAGUGAGACUACCCCACAAUCUCCCACCACCCCUCAUCUCACAUGCCCCACUGACUGCCUCCUCUUACAAUUUUCUCUACUCUUUGUUUUACGUUUGAAAAUAUUUAAAGCUUAUAGACUUAACAAUACGCACAGGGUUCAAAAUACUGCAUAUGAUUUAUUUUCUAUGAAACUGCAAUUAAGUAACCUUUAGUAACAAAAUUGUAUGGUAUCCAACCGAUUGUUCGCGUACCCAGUCUCCCGGAGUAAAGGCACAAAUACCAAAUCUUAAAUAUGGAUAUAUCCAAGAUACACAAUUCAAUUGCAAUACGAAACUAAAUACAAAGUAAAUACUUAUGAUCUCUUUCGUUCUAUAUAAUUUUGUUGAAACUUGAUUUAUCGAUCAACUUAGUACCUCCGAGUGUGUAUUUUGGGUUAUUUCGUCCUAUGCUAAAAUGUGAAGCUGUCCUCUUACCUAUCAAAACUUGAUAGAAAACUAUUGUUGUAUAAGUAGAUGUACUACUAACAUUGGAUAUAUUUUAUAGAGAAAUUUAUAACAAUGAUAUCGUAUGGACCUAACUAGUGGCCUAAGGCUACAAAUCAUGUUAUUGUAGACAUAUCUGUGUGUGUGGAGCAAACGCUCACGUUUGGGACAAGCGGUGUGUAUCACGAAUUCCUACGCCAAUAUCAAAUUAAAUAUCUACUCUUUCGUCUCUAUUGUUUACGCUGUUAUUGAAAGAGACGCAAUGAGACUCAUUUGUUUUAAUCUUAAAUUUCGAAUACAUUGCUCGUUCGCUAUUGUUACAAAUUUGCCAUAUCAAAUUUCUCAUGGAGGAUAUCCGGGCGCCACUUGUUCCGGGUGAGCAGAGUGAAAUAAGACUGAACGAAUCGACGACUGUAGUCCUUACUUUCUGUCCCUAUGAUACUCUUUCUUACUAAACAAGGUUAAUCUGCCUCAUGACGACAGAACUACGUUUAUGAAUGAAUAUAUGUGGUAUCGACUGUUUCUAUCUAGUAGUAAUCAAAUCGUCUGUUAAGCCGAUUGCUAAAUGAUUUGUUAUGUGGAAUUGAUCUAAGUGUACAUUUUAAUUGUUUGUAACAAAUUAUUACCUUAAUAAAAUUAUAUGUGUGUA